CGACAGGUCUGGCACUGAACAACUGUACUCGACAUCGUCAUGGACUCGCUACUAGCAUCAGCAGGUCCCAUUGAGGCCUCGUCUUCCUCCUCGAAACCGAAAUUCCGCAAACCCCUCCCUCACCAGACCGUCAACCGCGGCAAGUCGAAACCCGCCAUCGAUCCGUCCCUCCACUCGAUCCUCAGCAAUACCCGUCUCUCUUCUUCCCUUCAAUCCGCUCACCAGGAUGUCAAACCUUCGAUCCAUCUCAACAAGAUCGGGGACAAGAAGCUGCGAGCCAAACUGGCUGGACAACAGGUAGCGCAGAAACGAAGCAACAUCGAGAGGGAGCAGGUUCAAGAGUAUCUUAACAAUACAGGAGAAGACGGCGGGAUCGAAGUGGAUCUCGAGGCGGGGGAGAGAACCUGGAGAGUAGGACAAGAUGAGAUCGUAGAGGCUGUCGGAGCCGGGAGUGCUGGGAAGAAGUUUGAUCUGAAAUUGGAAACUGUCGGAGGAGGGGGCUAUCGGAUAGAUUAUACUCGGAACGGACGACACCUAGCCCUAGCAGGCUCUCACGGCCACGUCGCCACGUUCGACUGGCAAGCCGGUCGAUUACACUCGGAGAUCCAGUUGGGCGAGACUGUCAGGGAUAUCAAAUUCUUACACUCGGAAGCGUUCUAUGCGGUCGCCCAGAAGAAAUACGUCUUUAUCUAUGAUCAAUUCGGAACGGAGGUGCACAAGAUGAAGCAGCAUUUGGAUGUAACACGGAUGGAAUUUCUGCCCUAUCAUUACCUGUUGGCUACGAUCGGCAAUCAAGGAAUUCUGCGGUACCACGAUACGUCGACGGGAACAAUGGUCGCCGAGCACAAGAGCCGGAUGGGAAGCGUACAGGCCAUGGCGCAGAACCGACAUAAUGCGAUCGUACAUCUCGGUCAUCAGAAUGGUCAAGUGACAUUGUGGUCACCUAGCAUGUCGACUCCUCAUGUCAAGCUGCUCGCUCAUAUGGGUCCCGUCCAAUCUAUCUCGGUCGACCCAUCGUCAUCUUCCUGCGGCCGGUACAUGUCGACCUCGGGUGCGGACGGGAGCGUCAAGAUCUGGGAUUGCCGGAACUGGGGUCAGACGGUACGAGAGUGGAACGAACGCGGGCAUGGGCAACGCGAGGUGGAUUGGAGCAUGAAGGGAAUGCUCGCCGUGAGCAACAAGGGAUACGUCAAUGUCUACCGGGAUUGUCAUUCCCCCUCAGUCGAGGGCAAGGCCUCUCCACCCAGACUCUACCAGAAGUUGAACCUCCCUAGUCGGACACCGAAGGGGAUCAGGUUCGUUCCAUUCGAAGACAUUCUUGGGGUUGGGCAUGAUGCCGGCUUUUCCUCAUUGCUCGUUCCCGGGUCCGGUCUCGCCCAAUUCGAUUCCAACGAAGCCGACGUGUACGAGAGCAAGACGAGGAGGAGGGAACGCGAAGUUCGUGGUGUUUUGGAAAAGAUCAAGCCGGAUCUCAUCACCAUGGACGCGGACUUCCUGGGAAGGAUGGCCGAUCCGAAGAAGGAAGCGUACAGCGAAAAGGAGACGCCGUUCUACAAGAAACCGAGGGUGGAACGGCUGAGGUUGUUGGGCAAGUCUGGAGAAGAGGUGGACGCGGCGAUCAAGGCCGAGCAGGAAGAGGCUGGGGACGACAGCGACGAUGCGGAUGGGGUACAGGUGGGGAAGAAGUUGAAGGUGGAAAAGCUCAAGCACAAGAUGAGGGGGAGAGACAAGGGAGUCAAGAAGUUUUUGCGAAAGAAGAGAAAGAAUGUGGUCGACCCUGCGCUCGUUGCCGCCAAAGAAAAGGUGCAAAACCAGCGUGCCAAAUUGGAGCGGGAAAAGAAGAUCGCGUCAGGAGAGAUCAAGGUCGAGACUGGGGCACUCGCGAGGUUCGGUUGAGCGCCGUUUGGGACGGCCUGUAUAUAUUUACGUGCAUGACGAGUGGAUCGAUAUGGGAUUGCACUUCAA